AUGGGAAAAGGACUGGAACUGGCACGAUCAGUGCCACUGGAGGUUGUGGGUUUGCUGGCGGUGGAGGAGGACGAGUUUCAAUUAAUGUCUUCACUUGUUCUUGUUCUUGCAGGAGGUAUUAGUCUUGGAUGUUCUGACAACGCUGGAGCUGCAGGGACAUAUUAUGAUGCUGUUCCUAGGAGUCUUACCAUUUGCAAUCAUAACUUGUCUACUCAAACUGAUACUCUUCUAUUAGAGUUUCCUAAAGUGCCUCUUUGGACAAAUGUUUAUGUCCAGAAUCAGGCAAAAGCAUUAUUUCCCUUAUAUUGGAGUCGUGUUCAGGUGAUUCAAGUUGGUGGACUAAUUCGUUUGACUUGUGGUGCUGUUUUAAGCUUUGGGCUUGCUCAUUAUGGUUCAUCAGAGUUUGAGUUAAUGGCAGAAGAGCUUCUGAUGAGUGACUCUAUAUAUGGAGCUCUUCGAAUGUCUGUCAAGAUUCAUCUGAUGUUGAAUUCCAAGAUGUAUAUAGAUGCCAAUGGUGAUCCAAUUGUUGCAACAUCCUUACUGGAAGCUAGCAACUUGGUAGUUCUCAAGGAGUCAUCUGUUAUUCAUUCUAAUGCAAAUUUGGGAGUACAUGGGCAAGGAUAUUUGAACUUGUCUGGAGCAGGAAACUUGAUUGAAGCGCAACAUCUGAUUUUGUCAUUGUUUUAUAGUAUCAAUUUAAAGACAAAGGAAUUGUUAAGCAAUGGACAAGGAUUUAAUAUGCCAGAAUGGGUUUAUAAACCUGGUGGAUUGAAGAUUGGGCCUGGAUCUGUUCUAAGAGGACCUUUAGAGGCUGCUGGUGAUGGCAUGACUCCACAACUCUACUGUGAAGUUGAAAAUUGUCCUGUGGAAUUGCUUCAUCCACCUGAAGAUUGUAAUUUGAAUUCGUCACUGGCUUUCACACUUCAGAUAUGUCGGGUUGAAGAUGUUAUUGUUGAAGGCAUGAUAACAGGUUCUGUAGUGCACUUUCACUGGAUCAGAAAUGUAGAUGUUUCUCACUCAGGAGUAAUCAGCGUGUCUGGGCUGGGCUGUACUGGUGGGUUAGGUAGGGGAAGGUAUGUUGAAAAUGGAAUUGGUGGUGGAGGUGGACAUGGAGGAUAUGGUGGGGAUGGAUAUUAUAAUGGCAAUUUCAUUGAAGGUGGUUCCACAUAUGGGGAUGUUGAUUUGCCAUGUGAACUUGGUAGUGGCAGUGGAAAUAAUAGCCUAGCUGGUGCAACUGCGGGUGGUGGCAUCAUUGGUAAGACUGAAUUACAAUUUAGUUGUGACUACAACUAA